AUGAUAGCAACUAUCUUACCCCCCGCUAUCCCCCUAGGGGGGACCGUACCCGCCAUGACGGCUCAUGCCAUUUCUGUUUCUUUACCUACAUGGGAAGAUAAUGUGGAUUAUGAGAAAGGUAAUAAAAGGGUUUUGGACGCUAUGGAAACUGGUUAUCCUAGGUUCUUCAUACAUCGGUCUAUACAGAAGCUGGCGGCUUUAUGUUUGAACAAAUUCGGUAGACCAGACGAAUUAUGUAUCCUACUCCCUUCUCCUCGAGUAGCAACCCAAGCUCGAGAUUUCCUUUCCACUCAAAAACCUUCACUCCCAUCUCGAAUAGUAGAAUUUGUCAUUUGUCCAUCAAUAUCUUCCCUCCCUCCAGAACCAUGUACACCUUCUGGAACUUCUUCAGUAGAUAUAAUCGAACUUCAAAUCCUUCUCUUUGAUAAAUCUCAUUGGUCAACUGCGAAAUCAUUUUGGCAACAUACAGGUGAUGGUAUAUCUUCACGUAUGGCCGAAACCGCUUUGAACCUAUUAGGUGAAUUCACACCCAUUUCAAACCUUACAUCUCCAAUGAUGGAAAAAAGAGAAACAAAACCUUAUUCACGUAAUCGACAUUAUUCAAGAAAAUCUUCUACACCAACUUCUAUUUCUCCAACUACACCUUUAACUCCUAUCGUAACUACUCCAUUGCAAUCGAGACAGAUAGAUGAAGAACUGUUGAACGAAGAGAAUUUAACGACGGAAUUAACUACGUAUCUCGAAGAAAGAUAUGGAAGGAACUUACCUUUGUUUAAUGCUGGUUUGGCCAAACAAGCUUUGAAAAGAAGAAUAGCUGGUGGUUUAUUACCUAGUGAUGAAGAUUUCGGAAAGAUUGAUGAUGUUGCUCGAGCGGGUGGAGCGGGGAAGAAGGCGGUUAGUGAAGAAGAUGUGUUUUUGUAUCCGACAGGUAUGAGCGCUAUUUGGCAUGCUCAUGAGGUUUGUAGGGUUGCGAAGAGGAGAAGUGGGGGACAAGAAGGAAAAAGUGUUUGUUAUGGAUUCCCUUACACCGACACCAUCAAAAUCCUCACUAAAUGGGGUCCAGGUUGUCAUUUCUUCCCCACUGGUGGAAAUCAAGAUAUCCCUUCUUUGGAAAAAGUAUUAGAGUUAAAAUCAUCAGACGAACCUCCCAUAUUGGCUUUAUUCUGUGAAUUCCCAAGUAAUCCUCUGUUGACGAGCCCUGACUUAGUCGCUAUUCGUAAAUUGGCAGACAAGUAUGGAUUCGUUGUUGUCGUCGAUGAGACAGUGGGGAACUUUAUAAAUGUCGAAGUUGCUGCAUUUGCCGACAUAGUCGUUAGUAGUUUGACAAAGAUAUUCAGUGGUGAUGCCAAUGUCAUGGGAGGGAGUCUCAUCCUCAACCCAAAUAGUUCCCACUAUACAAUCCUGAAAGAAACCCUUUCGACAAUAUACGAAGAUUUAUAUUUCCCAGAAGAUGCAGUUUACAUGGAACGUAAUUCUCGUGAUUAUAGAAGUCGUAUUAAAACAAUCAACGAUAACGCUCAUCUCGUCACUGAAUAUCUUUAUCAUCAUUCACUUUCAAACCCUUCACAUCCUUCUCAAACAAUUAUAAAAAAAGUUUAUUAUCCACGUUGGAUAACACCUGAAACAUACGUUCAAUCUCAACGAUUACCAACGUUAGGAAAAGGAGGUUUUGGUGGUUUGUUCAGUUUGACAUUCACUUCUAUGAUUGCCAGUAGAGCUUUUUUCGACGCUUUACCUUGUGCUAAAGGUCCUUCUCUAGGUACGAGUUUCACGUUGGCUUCACCUUAUACUAUCUUGGCACAUUAUUACGAGUUGGAUUGGGCUGCUGGAUGUGGAGUAGAGGAAGGUUUAGUGAGGAUUAGUGUUGGACAAGAAGAAGAGGAUGUUGUUAUGGCUAUGUUUCAAGUGGCGCUCAAAGCUGCGGAAAGAGCUGUAGUAGAGGAGAGUGGUCGUGGUCGUUGA